UGUGUUUUGAUCGCUGCCGGAGCAGUUGUGCAACUGCACGAUGCCGUCCCGCAGGGACACAGAGGAUCAUCUUAUCCUUCCUGUGAGGCCUUCACCAGCAAAAAGAUGUCCCAUAUGUAAAACCUUUGGAUCUGAACGAAUUCAGCAACACUCGGGCCAGUGUCCCCUGGAGCCCGUGUACUGCGAGAACAAGUGUGGCGUUAAAGUGAUCAGAAGGCUACUGCAGGAACACCGCUCCAACGAAUGCGCCAAGAGGCUUGUGCCCUGUCCCUACUGCAGGAAGGAAUUUGUCUUCGACACUCUCAAGAACCACAUCCCCAAGUGCCCUCGGUAUCUGAUACAGUGCCACCAAUGUGAGACGGCGAAGAUUCCGAGGGAAGAUUUGGAGCUGCACCUCAAGGACCACUGUCCCGCAGCGGUGGUACGCUGUGUUUUCAAAGAACUAGGAUGCAAAUUCAAGGUACCUUCAUUCAACUGCCAUCAUUCAUUUGGUUCGCAAUACGCCCUGGAACAACACUUGGAGGAGAGCAGCAAAAACCACCUGGCGCUGAUGUGUGGGAUCAUCACGCGACAGCAGCAACAGAUCUCUGCACUGCGCACGGCUCUGCACGGCAUCACAACCAACGUCACGGGGACGCUCCUGUGGAAGAUCUCCGACUAUUCCCACAAGAUGAGCGAGGCCAAAGCGCAGGAAGGAGGCCUGGAGAUCUGCAGUCCUCCGUUCAGCUCUAGCACUUACGGGUACCGGCUCAUGGCGACGCUCUUCCUCAACGGAAACGGUUCGGGAGAAUCGACGCACCUUUCGGUCUACAUCAAGCUGCUGCCCGGUGAAUACGACUCGCUCCUCAAGUGGCCCUUCUCGCACACGGUGUCGUUCACUCUGGUCGAUCAGGCGACCAAUCCCGAGAAGGCGUGCAACAUCGUCGAGAGCUUCGUGCCCGACCCGACGUGGAAAAAUUUCCAGAGGCCGAGCCGGGAACCAGACGCGCUCGGCUUUGGUUUCCCGCGGUUCGUGUCGCACGAGAUGCUCAAGAGGUGCCACUACGUUCGGGACAAUGUUCUCUUCAUCAAGGUGACUGUCGACGAAAGCAAGGUCGUUGCGGUGUAAUGGUGAAGAGGUGGUUUGUAGUGGUAUUACCGUAUCCCUCGGAAGACAUGCCACACGAUGCUGGACCCUCGUAGAUGCUCUAAGUACUGCAGAAUCUUAUAAUGCCCCGCAUAUUUUGCAAUUUCGUAGAAGCUGUCGUCCGUGAAGUGCUUUGUCAUGUAUGUGCACUUUAUGUGCCUAUUACCCUUCGUUUACAUGUGCACCCCCACGUGAUGUGCAAUGUAGAGGACGCAUCAGUUAUUUUAAGUGUCUUAAACUGUAUUCAUAUUCACAACUUGUAUCCACAUCACACACUAAUGUAAUUUCUCGUGAACAUUGUACGCUUGAACUUUUAUAUCCAGUACCUCUGUCAAGUUAAACCUUGUACCAGAACAGCAGCAUACCAAAGCAUCUGAGCACUGACCCUUAACGAUCAUUUAAGUCAAACGUUGCAGUGUAUCAUCAUUGUUCCCACGUGCAUACUCAACGCAACCCCAAGUGUGAGCAUCCCUUCCUUACGCUACAUGUGUAUAAUAUAUCAUUCAUCCCUAGUCAUCCAAACACUUUUGUUAUACAAAAUAUUUUUGUACAUUUCAUAAUAAAUUGUUACGUAGCACCGUACCUUUUA